CUAUUCUACCUAGACCUCCCAUUCCAGUUGGCUUUUCCGGGUUUCCCAGCGUACGCCGCCUGUCCUCAUUUUACUGGGUGCGCGCCAAGUCCUGAACCGCUAGGGGUUUGGGAAGCUGCGCAGAAGAUGCGGUGGGCGCUGUUUCCGAAUCAGGCCCAAGCCAGGCCGGGGCUGAUAAGAGGGGGGGCGCAGCCUUUCGCUUGGCUGCGCCUUGUCGAGGGUAAAUUGGCCGG